AUGCGCCCGGCUCUUGUCCGACUCCUGAAGAGGCCGUCCACCCUCUCGAUCAUCGAGACCCUCGUCACCAACCCGAUCAGCCUCGAUCAACUCAGCCCUCGAUACACGUCGGUUCGAUGCCAUUCGCAACUUCCAAAACAGGGUUUCAAUGACGAUGCCCGGCAAGACGCCUCCCGAGGGACGAGAUCACGAAAGUUCUCCGGUGGAAAAAACACGAGACUCCCCAGUUCAUCUCCCGUCCAAAAAACAUUCGAAGUCGACCUGGACGCUUCUCAGCAGCUCCAAAUAGACGAUCCCGUCCAAUUCCUGCGAGCACAUCCUGAACGACUUGAAUUUGAAUCAGAUAUUGGGCACAGCGAUGAAUUUGGGACGCGAUUAGUGGACAAUCCGGAACAUAGGAAUAAUUUUGGGCUCUGGGAAGAGCUUCUUCGUUAUCGCCAGCGAUGCUAUGGGGAUAUAGGCUCACAGACAAUAUGGGAGGGAAUGACGGUGCGCCUGAGUGAUCUUCGCUUGCCCAUCGCCAGAGAUCAUGCAGAUUUUCUGUGGCAGUCAUUUGUGGACCUAGGUUUGAAGCGGAUCGUUUUUCUCGAUGAAAUCAUGCGCCAUGCGUUUGACCUGUGGAAAGACGAGGGCAGAUGUUGGCCUAAGCUAUAUGAGACUGUUGUUGGCGGUCUUCUGAAUAGAGGAUCUACGAGAAAAGCUAUAUACUGGCAUAAGGAGCUUCAUCUGUCUGGAAUAGCAGUCCCCGGAGACGUCGUCAAAAUUCUUGACCAAGCCAUUUCACCCGAGUGCCUGUCUAUGUAUCAGGUUCUGCCUGGUCAAGACUCACGGCUCCGUGAUUCUCGGAAGCGGCGAAAUUUAUUGAAAGCGCUUUGCGAAAAGCCCAAUGGCAUCUAUGGUGCGGUAAUCUCAAAACUACUGGAACAUGGCCACGGGAUGGACGCUUUGGCUAUGCAUAGCUUUCUUGUCCAACGAGACGACCAUCCAAUGACCAUCCAAGAGAUCCAGCCAUUGAUGGACCAUUUGGAAAAGUUUGGAGUAUCCAUGGAUUUUGAAUUUCUGCAACCGGAUUAUAGUUCUCUUCGAGCCUAUUACCAACAGCUAUUUGACCCUGUUGAUUCAACAAAUGAAUUGGCGACUGGGAGUUCCAAAGAUUCGUCAAAGACGACAUUUCCCAAAGACGACUUGGGGGCUCGGCUGUUUGCGACUCGAACUCUUCCUUUUGAGAUGGCGCUUGGCACUUGUCGUCUUAUGGGCGUUUCGGUCCUUGGCCCCCGCGCACUACGAGAACUGGCGCUCAGGCAUUGUGAUCCUCAUGACCUCCGAGAGAAGCUCAAGGCAAUUGACCAAGUUGGGAUAUCGAUUGGCGACUGUAUCUUUUCUCGUCUGAUCCAAAGAUUUGUUGCCGAAAACCGCGGCAUUCUUCUUUCAAAAUUGCUGGAAACCGAUCAACAUUUUGACGCAUUGGAAGACGAAGCAUUGCAAGAAGAUCUGCUGAUCUCUUAUUACAUGGCCCCCGAUUGGGAUCUAUACAAUCUCUCCCAGGCAAUCUUGGAAGAACAUCAUCCUAGCGAACCGGAUCUGUGGAAUAUACAUUUUCGAAAAUUUCUCUGUGCUGGAGACCUGACGGGGGCUUUUAGAAUCGUGGAUGAAAUGGCAAUGCGCUCUAAAACUCUUACUCCGUACAGUCUUGAACUCAUGACGGAAAAGGUUCUGAGCUCUCGCAGAAUGCAGAAAAGACCCAGAGAAGACUCGGGCAUAUCCACGCCCACCCAAGUGCGGUUUGUUGUGAAAAUCCUCAAGCGUAUGGCUCCCAAUGGAUGUCAUGUCCCUGAAAAAUUGUGGGUGGAGUUGCUGCGGCGCCUAGGGAUGACGAGGAGCUGGACCGAUUUGCGAGAGUGUUGCCUUUGGCUUGUCCGCUACUACGAUGGCAAUAACCAGACCAGGCAGUCUUAUAGAUCUCUCUUGAUGUCCAAACAAGCCCUUGGCCGCAUUUUUCACCACCACAUGCAAGCGGCCCUCGUCAGUUGGGGCUUUCAAUGGCACUACCAGCCCAGCAGGUCUCUUGAAAAACAAUAUUACGAGCACCCACAAUCCCGAGAACGUCUGAUACCCUUUGUACGAGGCAUUCUUCUUCUUCGUGAACUAGAGCAGGCUGGCCUGCCUAUCAAUCUCGAAAAGGUGCGAUAUGCUACUCGACUACGAUUGCAGCAGCUGUACGGUUAUUACCGACCAUCGAAGAAGCGUGCGAACAGGACUGCGCGAAGAACGAAUCCUUUUUCUCUUCAGCACGUUCUGGCUGAUAUUGAUCGUGCCUGGGGCGGUCCAUUCUGGUCUGAAGAAUCGUUAGGUUCUCAGGAUUUAGAGGCACUGGUGAAUCCGAAGCGUCAACUCCUUCUGGAGGACUCACCUCGAAUCCACCGUCGUGUUCCACGCUCCAUGCGCUUCGGCUGCCUCUCUUACAAACGAGCUGCUAGGUGA